AUGCAAAACCAAGAACCUUUAAGUAAAGAUUUUAAAAGCGCAAUUGUUAUUUCCCCACCAAUUGAGCUUUCAAUUCAAAUUCAAGAAUUUAGAAAAAAAUAUGAUAAAGCAUUCGUAAGAUGGAUGCCACAUAUAAAUUUGUAA